CUGACAUGAUAUGCAAAGACCAGUUUUUAGUUCAGAGCACAGUUGUUCCUGCAGGGACCAGUGAUGAUGAUAUUACUCCUAGCAUUUUUGCCAAAGAUGAUGUCAGAUACGUUGAAGAGAACAAGCUGAAAGUGGUCCUUGUCAGUCCCUCCAAUUCUCCGGUACUUUCACCAAUCAAUAGAACAUUGAAACAGGUGCUGGCUUAUGAACCUUCAAUACUGAAAGAUCAAGUGCUGAGGAAAGUCGAAAGCCUUACCCAACGUCACACAGUAAGAGAUUCUCCUUUUACUUUGAUAUCAGGCUCAUCUAUGUACAUUUUAUAUGUGGACAUCAACAUGAUGUAAGUCUAUUCGGGGAAUUGUACAUGUGAAUCUAAUGGUUACAUUGGA